AGUAACGUUACGAGAAAUCAUUUUCGAGAAUUAAUUGUUAUCGCCUCCGUAUAUACGCCUAUCUAUAUACGUGACGAUAUGCCUAUCGUAUAUACGUGACGAUACGCCUAUCAGUUCGUCACGUUCGUGGAAACAAAAUGUGCACCGCCUAGUAUAUAAGGCGACCGUGUAUCUAACGUGAGCGUAUAAUAUUCACAGUCAGUAUAGUCUUUAUACUCUGUUCUUUUAUUAUACACCAUCUUUAUACUCUAUCUUCUGUUAUACUCACAUCAGUGGAACUUGCUAAACCACGAGAAUAUGAGAACUUUCAUGUGAGAGGUAAAUGUUGAAUAUAAAAUAGCUUUUACCCAAUUAUCGGAAGCACGUAAAAAUUUUGAAGUGGUUGAAGUUAAGAGUAAAUAGUUUUUAUUAUAACAGACAGCAAAGUUUAACAUCCUUGGAAAUGAUUAUUAAUCCGCGUAACGUCGUUAGACUUUGAUUGAUGUCAAUAAAUUCAAUAUAUCUAAUAUAAACGCCAGUAACUGAAGCAGAAAUAGAAUUAAAGGAAACAUACAAAAAGUAUUACUGGAUAGCAUUUUUCAUUAUAAUGGGUUGGAAGUAACGGAAGAAAUAUAUCUCGAUUAUGAAGAACCUUAUAAAUUACACAGUCCAGAAAUAAUUGAAGAUGACGAAGAAGCAUGGGGUGAAGAUAAUUUGAAUUCUCAACCUCAAUGUUCAAAUGUUGACGAAGCUUUUGACAAUUCUUAUAAAAGACAGGCUGUUGAGUAUUGGCGGAAUAGAGAUAAUAAAGAAAAUAAUAACGAUAGAACAAGGAGUCGUUCUCUAAAAUCAGUGCAACAUACAUUUAAAAGAGUUUCAUCUCUACGUCAGUUAAGACGAUGGGAAAAACAAUUGCAAUCAGGUGGAAAUCGUGUAGAAAAAUUAUCUUACAUCUCCAAAUUUACAUAUGGUAAAUUUACUGCUGCUGUUGAAUCAGGAUUCAUGGUUCAUGAUAUUGAUAUAAAAAGAUGGGCUUUGCAAGCUCAGGAAGAAAUAGGAAAUUUACAUCCUAUAUUUAAAGCAUCUCCCAGUUAGGUAGCAAGAUUCAAAAAGUCCCGAAUUGUUUCAAGAAAAGUUACGAAGUUUGUCACUAGAAGAACAUUGGAAGAUUCUGUUGAUUUGCAAAAAACAACUGAUGAUUUUUUGAAAGCAGUGAAGCCUCUUAUUGAACAGUUUGGAUCUGAAAAUAUAUAUAAUUCAGAUCAAAGUGGUUUCCAAUUGGAAAUUCAUUCUGGAAAACUAUUGUCUAACGAAGGAGAAAAGAAAACAGAACGUGUCGUGCAGUCUAUAUCAUCAACGACAUAUUCAUACACGAUACAACCAAUAAUAUCGUGUGAUGGCAAAUCACACAAUUGCUGUCACCUUUAUUUAUCAUCUUUAUUUAUUAUAUGUGUUAAAAGAAGUUCAUGGUAGAUUUGGACCAAGAGUAGAAGAAAACUUGUUUAAACCAAUAAAUGUUAUUGUAAAAGCAUCGAAAUCUGGCAAAAUGACAUCAGAUCAUUUUAAAAUGUGGUUAGAAGAAGCUUAUUUUCCAAACAUUGGUUCUAAUAGCGUUCUUCUUAUCGAUUCAUGGACUGGACAUUGCCUUAAUAUAAUUUCGGAUUUAACACCUUCGGGAAAACGUAUUAUUACUAUGAUAAUACCAAAAGGCGCUACAGGAAAAAUACAACCAUUAGAUGUGUAUGGAUUUAGAAUUUGGAAAAAUUUUGCUAAAAGAUUUUCAGAUAUUGUUUUACUAUUGGAAAGCGAUAUAAAUUUGCAUGAACGAAAUAAUAUAAUAAAGUUGCAAUCACUGAUACAUAAUCAGUUGUCAUCCCCACGAUAUCACAACUUGUUUAAAUAUUCGGGGUAAAAGCGAUUAUACAGACGAAAGACCAGAAGAGUUUAAACACCCUGUACAGUUUAAUUUUGACGAAACUUUAACUACAUGUGACAUCGAAGGUUGUAACAAUAUAGCGGUAAUAAGAAGUUCGUGCUGUAAAAAGUCAUUAUGUUUGAAACACUUUUUCCACGAAUAUCAUUAUUGUAAUGAGUAUAAUGAGAGCGAAUAACUCUAAAUAUAAAUUUAUUAUGUUUUUUUAAUUAUUAAGUACGUUUAUGAAUUAUUGUGUAAACUACAAAAUAUAAAAGCAUAAAUAUGUAAAAAUAUGUACGAA